CGGGCUCAGAAUUUGUCUUUGCCGCGGGUCUUUGAAUGACAAGAGAGCUCUCUCAUUGGGACGCGCAGCGUCAACUCUGGAGAGGGGACGAGGCGACGUGUUUCCUCUUUUUGCGCCGUCCUUGUGUUGCGCAAUGACGGCUGUGACAAGAAUAGACACGACGGCGUCGAAGAGACUCACACCACGGUUCGGGCCACGCUUUGUAGGUACUUAAGACCAGCGUUGACCUGCUGGAUCUGGAUCGUUCAGACACAAUCAUUCAAUCAUCCUUUCUUACUGACGAUUUUCUUUGAGUCUUUCCUUUGGCGGCCCUUCCAACAUUGUCACUUUCCUUACCACGCUUCGUUUGCUUGCUUCUUGCGAAUACAUCUUCCAGAGCACGUUUUGAUCAUAUAGCAAGGCUACGGUCGUUCUCUUCAUCUGCAGGCAGAUACCACACACGCUCUCUAGCUUACACGGUUACCGCAACGUGACGUCGCAAGCUCUUCUGCAAAUCACCGGUUUUGGAUUUGUCCUUCUUCCAACAAAUCACUGCUUCGACAAACUUUCUUAUCAGCCAGAACUCGUUCAAAACUAGCAGGCAGUAAACCUGACAGAAACCAAUCACAAUGGCCAUCCCAUCGUAUGGAGCUAAGCCUAUCAGCCUGACAUUUCUCGGAUGUAGGGCCCUCCAGCUCGUCUUCCUCAUCAUCAUCAUCGGCAUGACUGCCAACUUCGUCAACGGCAUGGUGAUGGACAACCACGACCCGUCCCAGGAGAUUGUCGGCGCGUUGGUCAUCACCUGCAUCGCUACCUUGUACACCUUGGUUUCCAUCUCCUUCUUCUGGGCCAACGCGCAGAUGGGAAUGUUCGUCAUGGCAGGCAUCGACUUCCUCAUCUUCAUCGCCUUCAUCGUCGUCAGCGUGACGGUCGGAAAGCCGGUCGCCAGCCUGAACUGCUACUGGCGCUUCGAGAACAUGGACGGCGAGGUGCUCAACGGCCUGCAAGAGAACUGGAACAAAAAGGGCAGCACCGUCAACCUCCAGUACUGGUCUGGAAUGAAUAAGUCCAACUGCUUCGAGACGAAGGCCAUCUGGGGGUUCUGCAUCGCGCUGACGAUCCUGUACUCCGUCACCGCCAUCCUGCUGCCGACACUGCACAUGAAGAACAAGAAGGUGGGUGGUUUCGUCAAGGCCGACGUCUAACUCAUCAACGCGCGGCCUCGCGCGUGAUGAUCUUGGUGCGACGUGAUACGUUUUCUACUACAAGGGCGCUUUCAGACACAGGGUGCUUGGGAUUGGGGGUCCGAGUUUGUGGAUCAUGUCAUCCGCUUGAUAAAACAGAACACAAAAAAGAAGAGUCUUGGUCCGUAAUGCAUCGUGAGAGGCGUUUUGCUCGGUGGAGCUUUGCUUGUUGGUAAUUUUUGGACCGAAACAAAUUGUCGCUGAUCUUUCGGAUGGCUCAGCUCGCUGGCUAGCGAGGUAUUAAUAGAAUAAUGACAACGAGGAGGAGGGCUGUCGCUGCACGGCAGAACACGCUCCCGAAAAAAAGGAACACAAAUCUAAAGAAGUCUAUGUUUUACCAUCAAG